AUGACCAAGAAUCAAAUGAGGCGCGCAAAGAAGAAGGAACAGAAGAAAGCUCAGGUCGAACCAACUCCAGAACCAGAAGUACAGCCAAAGCUUGAACCAGAGGAAGCUCCAAAACCUGACGCUGAGCCUACCAGGGAAGAGCUCGAUGAGGUCGAGAUUAGUGAAGAUGACCCCAAUUAUGCUAUGUAUAAGGAUAUCCUUGGUCGGUUCGGUGCGACAGCGGAGGAUGAGGCCGCCGAAGCUCUGAAGAAUGGCGAUAAGGGCGAGGUAUUCUACAGCGACGAUGACGAGAUACCAGACGAAGAAGAAGACACCGAAAGAGAACAGAAGCUAUCGAAAAAGAAGAGAAAGGAGCGGGAUAAGCUGUCUGUAGCAGAAUUGAAGGCACUUGUGCAGAAGCCAGAGCUGGUAGAUUGGACCGACACAUCAGCCUCAGAUCCACGAUUACUUGUUCACAUCAAGUCAUACCGAAACGUCGUACCCGUACCGAGCCACUGGUCCCUCAAACGCGAAUAUCUAUCUUCGAAGCGUGGUGUGGAGAAAGCCCCGUUUUCCUUACCAAAAUUUAUCCAGGAGACCGGAAUUGCAGAAAUGCGUGACGCAGUACUGGAAAAACAAGACGCUGCAAGUCUGAAGCAAAAGCAGAGAGAAAGGGUUCAACCUAAGAUGGGAAAGCUCGAUAUCGAUUACCAAAAACUAUAUGAAGCUUUCUUCCGAUUCCAAACCAAGCCUGAAUUGACACGAUUUGGAGAAGUCUAUUACGAGGGCAAAGAAUACGAAACCAAUCUCAAGCACUUAAGGCCCGGAGAACUUAGCGAGGAGCUGAAAGAGGCACUCAAUAUACCUCCCGGAGCACCUCCGCCAUGGCUGAUCCAUCAACAACGAUUUGGCCCUCCACCAUCAUAUCCUUCUCUAAAAAUCCCAGGACUGAAUGCCCCUCCACCUCCUGGCGGUGCGUGGGGUUUCCAUCCCGGUGGAUAUGGAAAACCACCCGUUGAUGAAUUCAAUCGUCCUCUUUUUGGUGGUGAUAUCUUUGGUGUCCUGCAACCGCAAGUCAACAACCAGGCAGGAGAGCCCGUAGAAAGAACUUUGUGGGGUGAGCUGCAAGCACCAGAAGAAGAAUCCGAGGAAGAAGAAAGCGGCGAGGAGGAAGAAGAGGAAGAGGAAGAAGAUACCGGCACCGGUCUAGAGACACCAAGUGGUCUGGAGACUCCUGGUGGAAUGGCAUCAACCGUCCCAUCAGAAUAUCCUGGCGACAUGAGUGUAGGCGGAGACUUCGACCUGCGCAAACAGAAACGAGGCACAGAGACCGAAGAGUCGACCCAACCCAGAUCAGCAUACACAGUCAUCCCCGAGCGUCAAAUCCGCGCCGAAGGUUUCUUUGGCGGCGAGCGUGCAUACGAUGUCCGUGGUGCGCAGAACUCCAACCUCCCAGUUCUCGGUCAAGAAGACGAAAGCCGCAAGCGCAAGAAGCCUGGAGACGUCGAUGUUUCGCUUGACCCUGAUGCGCUGCAAAAUGAGGACCGCGUCAGUAAAGAGGAGCUGAAACGACGAUUCGAGGAGAAGAAGAAAGAGGAUGAGGGUGCAUGGGAUCACGAAGAUCUUAGUGAUAUGAUUGCCCAGGAGAGAAGAAAGCGACAGAAGCGCGAUGAGGAGAAGCGUGGUGAGAAGCGUGAGAGGAGUUAUAGAUUUUAA